CAAGAAGUGUAUAACAAUGGAGCUCAGUGAUGCAAAUUUACAAACAUUAACAGAAUAUUUGAAAAAGACCCUUGAUCCUGAUCCUGCCAUCAGACGUCCAGCUGAAAAAUUUCUUGAAUCUGUAGAAGGAAAUCAGAAUUAUCCACUGUUGCUUUUAACAUUACUAGAGAAGUCCCAAAAUAAUGUCAUCCAAGUAUGUGCUUCAGUAACAUUCAAGAACUAUAUUAAAAGAAACUAGAGGAUUGUUGAAGAUGAACCAAACAAAAUUUGUGAAGCUGAUUGAGUAGCCAUUAAAGCCAAUAUAGUGCAUUUGAUGCUUAGUAGCCCAGAGCAAAUUCAGAAGCAGUUGAGAGAUGCUAUUAGCAUUAUUGGCAGAGAAGAUUUCCCUCAGAAAUGGCCUGACUUAUUGACAGAAAUGGUGAAUCGCUUUCAGAGUGGGGAUUUCCAUGUUAUUAAUGGAGUCCUUCAUACAGCACAUUCAUUAUUUAAAAGAUAUCAUCACGAGUUUAACUCAAAUGACUUAUGGACAGAAAUCACACUUGUUCUGGAUGCCUUUGCUUUGCCUUUGACAAAUCUAUUUAAGGCUACCAUUGAACUGUGUAGUACCCAUGCGAAUGAUGCUUCUGCCCUGAGGAUUCUUUACUCUUCCUUGAUUCUGAUCUCAAAAUUGUUCUAUAGUUUAAACUUUCAGGAUCUCCCUGAGUUUUUUGAAGAUAAUAUGGAAACUUGGAUGAAUAAUUUUCAUACCCUUUUGACAUUAGAUAAUAAGCUUCUACAAACUGAUGAUGAAGAGGAAGCAGGCUUAUUGGAGCUCUUAAAAUCCCAGAUUUGUGAUAAUGCUGCACUUGAGCAUUUGUGAUAUGCUCAAAAGUAUGAUGAAGAAUUUCAGCGGUACCUGCCUCAUUUUGUCACAGCCAUAUGGAAUUUAUUAGUUACAACAGGUCAAGAGGUUAAAUAUGAUUUGUUGGUAAGUAAUGCAAUUCAAUUUCUGGCUUCAGUUUGUGAGAGACCACACUAUAAGAAUCUGUUUGAGGACCUUUUCAAAGCUCUCACACUUCCUGGUUCUUCAGAAAAUGAAUAUAUUAUGAGAGCUAUCAUGAGAAGUUUCUCUCUCCUCCAAGAAGCCAUAAUCCCAUAUAUCCCUACUCUUAUCGCCCAGCUUACCCAGAAGCUCUUAGCUGUCAGUAAGAACCCGAACAAACCUCACUUCAAUCACUACAUGUUUGAAGCAAUAUGCUUAUCCAUAAGAAUAACUUGCAAAACUAACCCUGCUGCUGUUGUAAAUUUUGAGGAGGCUUUAUUUCUGGUGUUCACUGAAAUUUUACAAAAUGAUGUACAAGAAUUUAUUCCGUAUGUCUUUCAAGUGAUGUCCUUGCUUCUGGAAACACACAAAAAUGACAUCCCGUCUUCUUAUAUGGCCUUGUUUCCCCACCUCCUCCAGGCUGUGCUUUGGGAAAGAAUAGGAAAUAGUCCUGCAUUAGUGAGGCUUUUUCAAGCAUUCUUAGAGCACAGUUCCAACACAAUAGCAAGUGCUGCAGCUGACAAAAUUCCUGGCUUACUGGGUGUCUUUCAGAAGCUAAUUGCGUCCAAAGCAAAUGACCACCAAGGCUUUUAUCUUCUGAACAGCAUAAUAGAGCACAUGCCUCCUGAAUCAGUUGACCAGUACAGAAAGCAAAUUUUCCUUCUACUAUUCCAAAGACUCCAGAAUUCUAAAACUACCAAGUUCAUCAAGAGUUUCUUAGUCUUUAUUAAUUUGCACUGCAUAAAGUAUGGAGCCCUCGCACUACAAGAAAUAUUUGAUGGUAUUCAACCAAAAAUGCUUGGAAUGGUUUUGGAAAAACUCAUCAUUCCUGAAAUUCAGAAAAUAUCUGGAAAUGUAGAGAAAAAGAACUGUGCGGUUGGCAUAACAAAAUUACUAACAGAAUGUCCUCCAAUGAUGGACACUGAAUACGUCAAACUGUGGACUCCUUUGUUACAGUCUCUGAUUGUUUUUGAGUUGCACGAAGAUGGCACCAUUCCAGAUGAAGAGCAUUUUAUUGACACAGAAGACACACCAGGCUAUCAGACAGCCUUCUCACAGCUAGCAUUUGCUGGCAAGAAAGAACAUGACCCAGUGGGUCAGAUGGUGAACAACCCCAAAAUCCACCUGGCACAGUCACUUCACAAACUGUCUACUGCCUGUCCAGGAAGGGUUCCAUCCAUGGUGAGCACCAGUCUCAAUGCAGAAGUGCUGCAGUUUCUCCAGGGCUAUCUCCAGGCUGCCAGUGUGACACUGCUCUGA